UAGAAUAUUCACACGCAAGCUAGCUCGUUUUUCGCCGGUGGAGAUAUUUAUCUCUUUUUCUGCGCAAAAUAUGCGUGUUUGGUAGCGAACGACGAAAACACAUAGAAAAAGAGAGAGAACAAAAAACGAAACAGUUUUGAAAUUUGAUUCAACUUUGAAAAAACGCUGAGAAAAUCUUCAUCUCCCUUUGACAAAACCAGAAGUAACCGAUUUCUUCGCAAAAAGGUUUAGCUGAUCGUGAUUGUAUUGUAUGAUAAAGAACACAAAUAAGAGAGGAUUGUGGAUUGAGAAGCGUAGUUUUGUUUUUGUUUUGAUUUUGUUGAGUUGAGUAUUCAGAACAAAAAGUGAACAAUGUCUGCAACUAUGAGAACAAGUUCAUGGGCAGAUUCUGCUGAUAAUAAUGCAGCUAUUGGUUCUGGUGUUUCCUCCAAUACCAAUGCCUCAGCUGUGGGUCGCCCUGUCAAGCCAGCUUAUGUUCCUCCACAUCUUCGUAAUCGGUCAAUGGCUUCUUUGGCCGAGCCUCCUUCUUUGGUGACUAAUAAUGUUAAUGAAAGGGGUCCGGCGAAUUGGGGUGGUUCAUUGAACUUCAAGCCUGAUCUUGGUGCUGGUAGACAAGGAUAUGGUUCUGGUGGUGGGUUCAACAGUAGAGGAGGAGCUGGGGCGGGGAGGGAGCGUGGGGGAAGACGUGAGGCUAAUCCUUUUGAGAAUGAUGAGGUUGAUGAAUCUUUUAGUGAGCAAGAGAAUACGGGGAUUAACUUUGAUGCUUAUGAUGAUAUCCCUGUGGAGACUAGUGGGGAGAAUGUUCCUCCUCCCGUGAAUACGUUUGCGGAAAUAGAUUUAGGUGAUGCGUUGAAUCAGAACAUACAGAGAUGCAAGUAUGUGAAACCGACCCCAGUUCAGAGGUAUGCCAUACCAAUUUCUCUUUCAGGGAGAGAUUUGAUGGCUUGUGCUCAGACGGGGUCAGGAAAGACUGCCGCAUUUUGCUUUCCUAUUAUAAGUGGAAUUCUCAGGGAGCAGUAUGCUCAAAGACCACGCGUGGCACGAACUGCUUAUCCUCUCGCACUUAUCCUGUCACCUACACGGGAGCUUUCUUGUCAGAUACAUGACGAGGCCAAAAAGUUUUCUUAUCAAACUGGUGUCAAGGUUGUAGUUGCUUAUGGAGGAGCACCAAUCACCCAACAGUUGCGGGAGCUCGAGAGAGGAGUUGAUAUUCUGGUGGCAACUCCAGGAAGAUUAGUGGAUUUGCUUGAGAGGGCAAGGGUGUCAUUGCAGAUGAUAAGAUAUUUGGCUCUUGAUGAGGCAGAUCGGAUGCUGGAUAUGGGUUUUGAGCCCCAAAUAAGAAAGAUAGUUGAACAAAUGGACAUGCCUCCUCCAGGCAUGAGACAGACACUGCUGUUUAGUGCAACAUUUCCCAAAGAGAUACAGAGACUUGCUUCAGAUUUUCUUUCGAGUUAUGUGUUUCUGGCUGUUGGAAGGGUUGGUUCAAGUACUGAUCUAAUUGCUCAAAGAGUAGAAUAUGUGCUUGACUCAGACAAGAGAAGCCACCUCAUGGACCUUCUUCAUGCUCAGAGAGAAACUGGAGUGAAUGGCAAGCAAGGUUUGACUUUAGUUUUUGUGGAAACAAAGAAAGGAGCCGAUGCAUUGGAACACUGCUUGUGUGUUAAUGGGUUUCCUGCAACUUGCAUUCAUGGUGACAGAACACAGCAAGAAAGAGAACAAGCAUUAAGAUCGUUCAAGACUGGAAACACUCCAAUUCUAGUGGCCACGGAUGUUGCAGCACGUGGUCUUGAUAUUCCGCGGGUAGCACAUGUGGUAAACUUUGAUCUUCCCAAUGACAUUGAUGAUUAUGUGCACCGGAUAGGAAGAACAGGGCGAGCUGGUAAAAUGGGAUUAGCAACAGCCUUCUUCAAUGAGGGUAAUUUGUCCAUGGCUAAACCAUUGGCUGAUCUGAUGCAAGAAGCUAAUCAAGAAGUACCUGCCUGGCUCACCCGUUAUGCAGCAAGGGCUUCUUAUGGUGGCGGCAAUAGAAAUAAGCGGACAGGGGGAGCCCGUUUUGGUGGCCGUGAUGUUAGGAAGGAGAGCUCAUUCAAUAAAGGAACUGAUUACUACGGUGGAACUGGUGGUGGUUACGGUGUUCCUACCAGUUAUGGCGGAGGGUAUGGUCAAGGUGUGACUAGUGCUUGGGAUUAGGAAAUCUUUUUUCAUAGGAAAGAUCUACAAUUGGCUUGGUUUUGCUGGUUAGGCACAUAGGGGUUGGUUGGGAAAUGCUGCAUAUGGAGAAAGAGAAAAUGUGUAAACAGCCCGACAAUUUCUGACUUGAUUACUCAUCUGAGUUUCUGUAGAAGAGAGAGUGUAAACUGAUUGCUUUGGAGACUAAAGUGGUAAGGGCUGAUAUAAGUGGGUUCAUAUUGUGGGUAGUAUGCAGUGUUUUGAAUUUUGGUAGGGUACUUGGCAUUUUACAAUCUAAAGUCAGGAAGUAACCCUAAUUAGUAUGCACAUAUUGAUUUUAUUUUUCUGUCAACUAAUCGUUUAAGACUAUUAUUUUUUUUUCUUAUUUUUUUUUCUUUUCUUUUUCUGUCAACUGAUCGUCUAUGACCAUUAUUUCUCUUAUUUCUCAA